AGUGCGCCAAGAACCCUGGUUAUAUGCUGGAGGGCUGCAGACUAUCCUGCGGCAUAUGCAAGCCACAGGGAUGGGACGAAUACGGCUCAGCCGUUGAGGUGAAACCGCCGCCACCCGUGGAGGAGCUUAAAGCGGCAAUCUUGGCCAGGUCAAAAGCGGAGGCCCAGGCCGGGGUGGCAGAGAAGCAGGAGUAA